UUAAGGCUUAUCCACAGAAAUCAUUUCAGAUAAAUUUUGCUGAGAAAGGGCUGAGACAGAUCGCUCCAACGGACAGCUGUAACGAUAAACACACCUACACUCUCAGAGCAGCAGACGUUCUUCUAGGAAAAUACUGCUCAUCUGGACCCAUCAGUAAAGCUCAGAUCCUGAAUCAGGGCAGCUUCUCUCUGAACCUCCCAGCAGGCCAGAGGCUCAUGUUUGGCCAGUUUAAUGUGUCUGUAGUAGAGAAAAUAGAAACCAUCGCCAACAUUUCAGUCACAUUACUAAAAGGAUCGAUGUCCUCAGAGCUAAUGUCACCAAACUACCCAGACAGUUUUCCCAACAGAGAGGAAAUAGCGUGGUACUUUCAGAUCCCCCAUAAACACAAGGCAGAGAUUAACUUCACAGACUUUAUGCAGCCAAAUUGUUUGGAGAAGCAGACAAGACUGGAGUACAACAUUAAAGGGACACCGACUGUUCUCACGCCAGUUUUGGGCAAGCUGGCACAGAUUCAGGGGAACUUCUCACUCAGGCUUAAACCCUGUGUCGUGGACAAAAGACGUUCUGGUUCGGCUGAGGUCUCCAUGAAAUUCAAAGUGUCUGCUUCUCAAGUUUCAAGCAAUCUGAAGGUCAUACUUGGAGUGGUGGCUGCCCUGUUCGUCAUUGCCAUCAUAGUGCUGCUGGUGGUUUGCAUUGUGAUUAAGAAGAAGAAAAGAGAGCUCAUUCCAGCAGUGCCGGCCGACAAUCCAGGCAACAAUGUCCAGCUCGGACCCAACAGCCUCCCAGCAGGCUGCGAGGAUGAAAACCAUCUGUAUGCCACAAUCGAUGACUCACUAGUCUACUCACACCUGCUAUACAGGCAGAGAUACGGUGUUUAUGACAAUGAUGACUCCUACCAGUCCUAUAACGCUGAGUCCGAAAGGCCACCGAUCUAUGAAGACGUGUCGCUCUUCCAAUCCAAACAAGAUCCCCCACUUCCCAAAAGGGCUCCAAGCUACAUGGAGCUCAUGACGGCCAACAGCGAUUUAGAGCUGGAGAGAGAAAACUGAGCGGAGUAUUUGGUUUAGCUUUUGGAUUUCCAUUGGACUUUGUUGAAUCUUCUUUCCUUUAGUUUGUUACUAAGGGGGUCGACUUUAGAUUAGCAACUUUUCAGACCACUGCUCCUCCGAUUUAUUCAUGUCAAAAUAGCAACUUCUCGUUGUUUUUCUGUGUUAUUGGUGACUUCACCGGGGGAAGCACCAUUCGCUCUCCAGUUACGUGAGUGAGCCGUGAUUGCCUUCCCACUUUUGUAGUCAGUCUCACAGAAACCGCUGUCUGUGAGACCGCUGUCCACUGUCUUUGCAACCAGGACGAUGGCUGCAAAGCCCGGUAUGACUGCAGGCAGGUAUGAAGCUUCAUAGCCGGGGUUUGCAGCCAGGACGAGGCCGCUGUCUGUGAGACUGAAGUGUAAAAGGGAUCACGGCUCCCCCAAGACGCCAAUAACACAGGAAAAAAGAUGAGUGAGCCAGCGUAUGAACGCCAUGGAUGGUUAUGAAGAGUUAUCAAGUGCAAUAGUUGGUUAGCAAUGAGGCGGAGCUAUUUCUGCUGAAUGCUUGCUCCCGACGCAGCAGAUACAAAUUUUGUCAGAAGUAAAAGAUCUCUGUCACAGCUUCUUAUCUUUUUAGCAAAAAGACGGUCAACUGCUGGUCACUUUUUCAUUUCCAGAGCAAAUCGGAGCUCCAUCCAUAUCAUGAAACCUGCCCCGAUAUUUACUCUGGUUUUGCUCCUUCGCUGAUCUGAGUCCAAUUUUGCCCUUUUCAUCGCACUACAGAUUUAUUUUAUUUUUAUACCCUUGUGUGGAGUCUGUGAUGGCGUCUGAGGAGAGGUUGUUGCUGGUCUUUUGUGAUCCAUCUCUAAAACAGUCGGAGUUCUCUAAUACCUCGGUGACAGCAGACACUCUCAGCAAAGUCACGGGUGAGCAGCAGUUCUAACCAUUUGAACAAGAGCGCGCAGCGAGUCACAUGCACGCGCUUUUCCAGAGGAUUCGGCCCGACUCGCUCUCUCAAACUGACUAAUGGGGCCUACAGACGCAAAUGCAGUAAAUAGAAGAUAACUAAUUUCACACGUCAGGCAACUGUAGGGGCAUAUAUGGGAAAGAAAAUAAAUACUUGCACAAUGCACCUUUAACAUCAGUUCAACAAUAUUGGAGGGUGCGUUUCUUUGCUGUCUCGUUUUUAUGAUGCCGCUGCUGAACUGUCUGCUGAGGAAGAUGUUUCUGCCUCCAAAGUGGUUCCUCUCAUGAAAAUGUUGGAGCAAAACCUUCAGAGUUUGCUGACCAUGAGCAUCCUAUCCCUAGCCCUCCUUCAGUCUAGAUUAAGUCAUUGGUUUUGGUUGACUGCAUGUUUUAUAAUUU